AUGAAGCUGCAAGUUGUACUAGUGGUUUUAACCGUAGAAAUGGUUUGUGGAUCCCGAGAUGUGAUGACUAAUCUGUCUAUACAGUUUGCAAAACCUUUGGAAGCUUGCAAAAAGGAGAUGGGCCUCACAGAAACAGUUUUGAAAGAUUUUUAUAAUUUUUGGAUAGAAGAUUAUGAAUUUACCGAUCGCAAUACGGGCUGUGCAAUCCUGUGCAUGUCCAAAAAACUAGAACUUAUGGAUGGAGAUUAUAAUUUACAUCACGGAAAAGCUCACGAGUUUGCUAGGAAGCAUGGCGCUGAUGAAACAAUGGCAAAACAGCUAGUGGACCUCAUCCACGGGUGUUCGCAAUCCGUCGCAACUAUGCCUGAUGAAUGCGAAAGAACACUGAAGGUGGCAAAAUGCUUCAUCGCUGAGAUCCACAAGUUAAAAUGGGCCCCCGACGUGGAGCUCUUAAUGGCAGAGGUCUUAAAUGAGGUGUCUUGGAAGUCCUAACUCUGCAUUCAUUAUGAAACUCUUAAUUCGUAUGUGGGGGCGCUUUUUCGAAUGCUUAGAUUUAUUGAUUUUUGUAAAAUUAUUAGAGGCUUUUUAAUAUUUAAAACAUAAGUAUCAAAUCCCUAGCAUACAUACGUACAUGUAUGCUUGCUUAUAUUAAACACAUUUUUUCCGUAGUUUUUCCCGUGUGGAUUACAUUUUGUAAUACGUGGGCGAAGACCAGCUCAGCAGCGGUUGCUCAUAUUAUUUCUCAUGUUAAAACUAUUUACAUACCUAGUAUCGUCAUAAUUGGUUCUGUGACUUGGAGACAGACAGACAAACUUUACAGAAUUC